AUGUCGACAAGUAAACUCAUAAAUUUCGAGGGUGAAAGAAACUUUCGAUUCCGCUUGGUUAUUGCGACUUUAGCAGGAACCCAUAUUCGCAUCUCGAAAAUCCGCUCGAAUGACAUGAACCCUGGUCUCAGAGACCAUGAAGUCUCGUUCUUACGUCUUUUGGAGGCUGUGACAAACGGCUCACAUAUCGAGAUUUCGUACACGGGUACAACUGUCAUAUACAGACCAGGAAUCAUCAUUGGUGGUCAGUUGACUCACGCUUGUUCUGGUAACAAGCCCAUUGGUUAUUUCUUGGAGCCCUUGCUCUAUCUUGCGCCAUUCCUGAAGAAGAAGUUCUCCGUAAUUCUUAAAGGCUUAACUUCUUCCGACAAAUCCAAAGAUGCUGGAAUUGAAGCAAUCAAAUGGGGACUCAUUCCUGUCAUGGAGAAGUUUGGUGUACGCGAAGUAGAGUUGCAUAUAUUGAAAAGAGGAUGCCCUCCCUUGGGUGGUGGAGAAGUGCACUUCAUUUGCAACUCCCUCAUUGCUCAACCACUCACCAUCCACGCAUUGGAAACUCCAAAAAUGUCUGCCAUUAGAGGCGUUGCAUUUUGCGCGAGAGUGUCUCCCUCCAUUGUAAACAGAGUGAUUGACAGCGCUAGAGCGGUCUUCAAGCCAACGGGAAUUGAAGUCAACAUCACUGCGGAUGUAUGGCGUGGUGAAAACUCAGGGAAAUCUCCAGGUUUUGGUGUGACUUUGGUGGCCGAAUCCAAAAAGGGAUGGAGAAUCUUUGCCGAGGGAACCGGAACCGCUGGUUCUCUACCCGAAGAUUUGGGAGAAUUGGUUGCGUACCAACUCCUCGAUGAGCUCGUUAAAUCAAGCUGUUUCGGAAGAAACCAGCUUAAACUCGCUUUGGCUUAUAUGGCAAUCGGCAAAGAAGAUGUUGGAAGAGUUAGAAUUCAUAAAGCUCAGAUAGAUGAAGAUUUCAUUUGGGUGUUAAGAGAUAUCAAACUGAUCUUUGGCACUGAGGCAUAUUUGAAGGACGAUGCGGACGAACUCCAGGAAGACUACAUGACAGCCUCCAUCAAAGGAUCUGGUUUCACCAGUGCCUCUAAGAAAAUCGCAUAA